UGCUGCUGCUGCUGCUGCUGCUGCUGUUGCUGUUAGUGAAUGAAACUGAACCAGGUCUGAACCAGGACUGAACCGGGACUGCAGCUCACUCACACUCACUCACACUCACUCACUCACACACACAUCAACCAUCUCCUGCUGACAAUGACUGCGAAGAACCGGCAGAAGAACAGCGCCAGUGAGAAGAGCGCAGCAGCUCCGAGCCAAGAAGAUGCGCCAAAGAAAAGCGCAAAGAGUCCGAGUAACAGUAACGCUGCUCCCGCUGCUGCUCCCGCUGCUCCCGCUGCUGCUUCUGCGGCUGCGGCGGCUGCGGCCCCUGGCCCCGGAGCUCCGGCUCCUGGCCCCGGAGCUCCGGCCCCACGCUCACGCAGCUGCCUCGGACUUGUCGUCAACAGCGUGUUUUACGCGGCGCUUGUCGCAGCCGCAGCUUUUACUGCGUUUUAUCUGCAACAAGUGGUGGAAGAAGUGAGGCAAAGCAGCGCCAAACACCAGGAGAGCGCACAGCGCGGCGCACAGCUCAGCGCACAGCUCAGCGGCAACAUGGAAAGCGUCCUUCAACAGGUGGAGUCUCUGAGCAGAGCCGUGGACGGCCUGCAGUCGUCGGUGCGCGUCACACGGGCGGAGCUGGAGGAAGCCGUGAGCAGGAUAAACACGGGCGAGGUGCAGAUGAAGAGGGCGGAGGAAGCUCUGCAGAACCUCCAGAACGAUCUUCUCAGGGAUCUCUCUGAGGGCAUCACAGAAGUGAAGGAGGCUCGUGAGAGCGACUUCUCCUCUCUGGAGAAGAUUGUGGAGGAGCGACUGGCUGAGGUGAGUCACUCCAUCACGGCCAACAUGGCCGACUUCACUGAAGCUCAGGGCGAGGCUCGGAGUCAGCUGACCGAUCUGAAAGCUCGUCUGGGUAACAUUGAAGACCCGGCGCUGAUCAAAGAGGAGCUCUCUGCUAUCGUCGACGCUGUCGCUGAAAUCAAGACGGCGAAACAAGAGGCCGACGCUUCAGUGGAUUCACUCAGGGAGCAGAUCAGUGCGGUCAGGGGAGAGCUUCAGACUCGCAACCUGGAGGUCACGUCACUGUCUCAGGAGGUGGAAACAGUGAGGUCAGUGGUGCAGGAGACGGCGGGCAGUCUGAGGCCGGCGCUGUCUGCAGCAGAGGCCGCCGUUCAGGCUCUGAAGGACAGAACUGUGAGUGUGGAGAGUGGAGUGGAGCGGGCCGCAGAGUUGGUCCGCACCAUGGACAAGAAGCUGAGUGAAGCAUCUGCUCAGGCCCAGAGAAGGUCUGAAGAUCUUGAAGCAAGAGUGAAAUCAUCAGAAGACAGCGCAGAUGCUUUGUCUGCAUCCACGUCAGACAUCAACUCCAAAGUGGAGUCACUACUCGCUAAAUAUGACACUCAUGAGAGCACGCUGGCUGCACAGGGCCAGGUGCUGGAGAAAGCCAGAAACAGCCUGGAGCAGGAGCUGGAGACACUGAGGAGCAGCCUGCAGGAGGUCCAGACCAGGAUGAGCUCUCUGGACAGUGCUCAGACCCAGCUGUCCUCAGAGAACACCAAUCUAGGUAAGCAGAUUGGGGAUUUGGAGAAGUGGCUUGGUGCUGUGGAGGUCAGCAGCAGCAGCAGCAGCAGCACAAAGCAGGAGCAGCUGGAGAAUUUGAGGAGUGCGGUGGACGGACUGGAGACCAAAGCAGCCAAGCUAGAAGGUCACGAUCAGGCCAUCGCCACGCUCCAGAAAUCUCUGCAGGAGACGCUGCAGACGCUCGCUGGGUUAUCACGAGCGUCUGACACCGAGGAAAACUCGGGAUAAAAGAAUUCAAACACUUUUUCACAUGUGAUGAAGAAUUCUUUCUUUAAAACUUGAUGUAGAAAACAAGCAGGGAACUCUGAGUCAGCACUUCUUCAUGUGUUGUUAUUAUUACAUCAUCAUCAUCAUCUGAGCACGGACACGGAAAUGUUUGACUGAGGAUUUGAUCUUAGUUUUAAUGUCGUUUCUGAUUUUUAAUACAAUUAAAUAUUAUUUAACUUUAUUUCUCAUAGGAAAUUAAUGGAGAUGACAGAGGCAGGUGAAUCUCUCACACAUCACAGAUCACACACAGAUCACACACCGGUCACAGUUCACUCACAAAUCACUCACAUAUCAAAGAUCACUCACAGGUCACACACAGGUCACACACAGAUCACUCACAGAUCACAGAUCACUCACAGAUCACUCAGAGAUCACAGAUCACUCACAGAUCACAGAUCACUCACAGAUCACUCACAUAUCAAAGAUCACUCACAGGUCACACACAGAUCACUCACAGAUCACAGAUCACUCACAGAUCACAGAUCACUCACAGAUCACUCACAGAUCACUCACAGAUCACAGAUCACUCACAAAUCACUCACAUAUCAAAGAUCACUCACAGGUCACACACAGAUCACUCACAGAUCACAGAUCACUCACAGAUCACUCACAGGUCACAGAUCACUCACAGAUCACAGAUCACUCACAGAUCACAGAUCACUCACAGAUCACUCACAGGUCACAGAUCACUCACAGAUCACAGAUCACUCACAGAUCACUCAGAGAUCACAGAUCACUCACAGAUCACAGAUCACUCACAGAUCACUCACAUAUCAAAGAUCACUCACAGGUCACACACAGAUCACUCACAGAUCACAGAUCACUCACAGAUCACUCACAGAUCACUCACAGAUCACUCACAGAUCACAGAUCACUCACAAAUCACUCACAUAUCAAAGAUCACUCACAGGUCACACACAGAUCACUCACAGAUCACAGAUCACUCACAGAUCACUCACAGGUCACAGAUCACUCACAGAUCACAGAUCACUCACAGAUCACAGAUCACUCACAGAUCACACACUCAGACUCUGUUACUGACCAGUUCACAAUGCAUUCGUUUUUUUCUAGUGUUUUUGAAUUGUUUCUUUAAGUUUGAGGCUUUUUUUUCUUAAACUCCAAAAGCAAUAACAAAGUGUCGUUGAACACUCCUUUGUUUACUCCUUUGUUUACUCCUUUGUUGACUCCUUUAGUACGUGUUGGUGUUGUUGUUGUUUACAAGAAUAAAAGCUCUCGUCUAUAUCAAA